UUAUGUUUUUUUUUCCGUGGGGUUUUACAAUAAAAAAUUAAAAAGAAGGGGAGAAAAUAACACCGAUGGCUCUCCAAAUGAAGGAUUCGAAUUCGACGGCCUUCGCGUCUAGGGAUUCUUUUCUUGGGGUUCUUUAGGUUCCAAUCUCGUCCGACCGUUUGGGAUUCGCCGGACUUCGUCGGGAUCUCGUCGGCGACGGAUUUCAUCGCGUUCUAGGGCUUUUGGUUUAUCGUUCCAUUUCGGAUAGGUUCGUGUUGUUGGGGAGAUGGCGGCUUCUUUGUUGGAGCGUGCCACCAGCGACAUUCUAUUUCCUGUUAUACUCGCUUGUGGUUUGGAUUGCACGAAAGGAUCUCAUCUCUUUCCUCAGAAUAUUUACCUUCAGGAGGUAACCAGUGGGCAACAAAGGAACGUAGAGUGCCCUCGAUACAGCUCGUCCUUCUCCAGGUCUCUUGGAACAGCUGAUCAAAGCUGCAGGCAUCAGCGGCAAGACACUAGAUUUUGUGGGUGGCACUGGAGAUCUUAACCGCUCUCUUGGUCAAGGAGUAAAGCAUAAACUUGUGGCAGGGGUGGGGAGGAAACCUAGCUGAUUCCCUUGCACUGCAAGUCGGAAAGAGACCACCACCGCCACCGCCACCACACUCUUAACCCUUCCAAGCCAAGCCAUCCGAAGCAAGCAUACAAGUCACCGCCUCCUUUCCUUCUCUCCUCCACUUCUCCUCUAGGUUUAAAUUAGAUCCAUAGCCCCGACAAAUGAACUACAUUAUCUCAGGGAGUCAGAGCAAUCACUUAGUAAUAGAGGGCGAGAAGAUGUCGUGCUUCUCCCUGCUUCUUAUGCUGAUGUUAGUUGUACUGAUGAUGGGGGCCGUGUCCAAAGGUGAUGACAAUUUUGCCCCAUCUGAGGAUAUCGGGCCCUGGACGGUCGGUACGGACGGCGAGGAAGAGCAAGAAGGAGACGAGUAUGAUGAAUUGGACUCCCUACCGGCAUGGGGAAGCGAGCGGGUUGGGAGGAUCCCUGUCAAUGUCGACAGCUUUGGUGCUGUAGGGGAUGGAGUUGCAGACGAUACCCAGGCAUUUCUAGAGGCUUGGGAAACGGCAUGCUCCAUAAAGAAUGCAGUUUUCCUAGUGCCCGAGCGGCGCCGUUACAAAGUCAACGCAACCAGGCUACGAGGGCCGUGCGAAAGGAAGCUACUCAUCCAGGUGAGCGGGACAAUUGUAGCCCCUGAUGAGCCAAACGACUGGGACCCGAAGAACCCAAGGACAUGGCUAUCUUUCUCUAUGCUGAAGGGCGUCAGGAUCCAGGGCGGUGGGAUUAUCGACGGCUCAGGCAGCAAAUGGUGGGCGUCAUCCUGCAAAAUCAACAGGACCAGUCCAUGCAGAGGAGCUCCAACGGCACUGACCAUAGAUUCAAGCUCAAAGGUAAGGGUGAAGGACCUCACCAUCCAGAAUGCACAGCAGAUGCACUUCACCAUCUCCCGAUCUGAUGCCAUACGAGUGUCUGGGUUGCGUGUGAGAGCUCCACAAGACAGCCCUAACACAGAUGGCAUUCAUAUCAGUGAAUCCACCAAUGUUGCCAUCCAGAACUGCCACAUUGGAACAGGGGACGACUGUAUCUCCAUUGUGAAUGCUAGCUCAAUUAUCAAGAUGAAAAACAUUGUGUGUGGGCCAGGGCAUGGAAUCAGCAUAGGGAGCCUCGGGAAGGACAAUGCGACUGCCAUAGUUACAGCAAUCGUCUUGGACACAGCAACACUUACAGGCACUACCAAUGGCCUUAGAAUCAAAACCUGGCAAGGAGGAUCAGGCUAUGUUAAAUCAGUGCGCUUUGAAAAUGUGAAGAUGGAUGAUGUUGAGAACCCAAUCAUCAUCGACCAAUUUUACUGUGAUUCUCCAACCAGUUGCAAGAACCAGACAUCGGCAGUGAAGAUAAGCCAAGUCCUCUACAGGAACAUAAGUGGGACCUCAAGGACUCCUAAUGCCAUGAAAUUUGCUUGCAGUGACACAGUACCAUGCAGCAACAUUGUGUUGAACAACAUAAAUUUAGAGAGAGAAAAUGGCAUUGUAGAGACCUUCUGCAACUGUGCCAUGGGAUUUGACUAUGGGUUUGUGCGGCCAGCGGCAGAUUGCCUUCGCAAUGCUAAAAAUUCCCGCUGUGAUGGGACAAAGAAUGACAACCAAAACCAAACUUAUGAUCCCGUGCAUACAGAGCUAUGAUCUCUCUAUAUCAUAUCAAGGUAUCAUAUUACAGACCACGAUAGGUGGAGACCACAAAAACCGUACUUACAAGUACGCCUACAUGUUACUGAGUUCUGGCAUAUUGAAUAGAAAGAUUUAGUGGAAGAAUUUGAGCUAUUGAAGCAGACACAAGCUAGCGACUUUGACGCAUAUAUCUUAGGCAAUCAAAAAUGGUAUAGAAGAAAGAAAUCGAUGUACUUGAACUCUAAAGAUAUCCUGUAUGACUUUUAAGGAACAACCGUAUUUGUCCAUGCUUCAUAAAUGGAAACAGAAAUCACAAGGACACUCUUUCUGGACUAUUGGAUCCAGGGGAUGUAAAACCCAUACCACUACCAUGUCAAUUGUAGAAGCAUUUAUGCAGCAAUUAUUGUUCACAAACUUUUGUGUGGAUAAUAUUUUUAAAUUACCUUCUAUAUGAUGGGAAACGUGAUUUGAAAAGGCUCAGUUUGAGCACUGAAAGCUUCUGCAAUAACAGAUAUCUGUAUGGGAAGGUGAUA